CCCCUUGCCUCUCCCGAGAUGUCAGGAAAGAGGGGACCACCUGUGUCCCCCACAGGGGCACCCCAGAGCCUGGGGGCCCCCAGCACUGGAGCCUGGAGGUGGAGGAGGUGCUGACAGGUGCUCAGCGAGAUGCUCCCCAGCCCCUCCUGCUCCCUCCCCAUCCUCCUUCUAUUCCUUCUCCCCAGUGUCCCAAUGGAGCCCCAUCCCCCACCCUUACCACUGCCCCCAUUUCUAGCCCCUGAGUGGGACCUCCUGUCCCCCCGAGUAGUCCUGUCUAGGGGUGCCCCCGCUGGGCCCCCUCUACUCUUCCUGCUGGAGGCCGGGGCCUUUGGGGAGCCAGCAGGCAGCCCCGCCAACCGCAGUCGGCGAGGGGUGAGUGAGACAGCACCAGCAAGUCGCCGGGGAGAGCUGGCUGUGUGUGAUGCGGUCAGCGGUUGGGUGACAGACCGACGGACAGCUGUGGACCUGCGUGGGCGUGAGGUGGAGGUGCUGGGCGAGGUUCCUGCAGCUGGAGGCAGCCCCCUCCGCCAGUACUUCUUUGAGACCCGCUGCAAGGCUGACAGCGCCACCGAGGAAAAUGGCCCUGGUGGGGGUGGGGGUGGGUGCCGGGGUGUGGACCGGAGGCACUGGGUGUCUGAGUGUAAGGCCAAGCAGUCCUACGUGCGGGCAUUGACCGCUGAUGCCCAGGGCCGUGUAGGCUGGCGAUGGAUUCGAAUUGACACUGCGUGCGUCUGUACACUCCUCAGCCGGACUGGUCGGGCCUGAGGCCCAUGCUCAGGAACUGGGCAGGCAGAGGAAGAAGACAGCUGGAUGCUGAGGGACCUCAGGGGCGGCCUGGCUGCUCUGGGCCUCGGUUUGGGAACUUGUGAAAUGGUCACAAAAUCACAGCUUUCUGAGUUGGAGAGCUAAA